GUGUUAUCCGCUCUGAUUUACUUAAAUUAUUUUACCCAUUUGAACUUUUUCUCAUUUAUUGGACUUCAACAAAUAGAAUUGAAAAAAAUAACAAUCAACAGACUUUAUCAACUUGAUCGUAGUUAAUCAUUGAUUGGACUUGAAAAAGAUGCAGCAACAUUCCAGUCUUCAUGGAAACAGAAAACAACACAACCCAAAUGCAAUGUACGAAGAGCCACUGUCUGGCAGAGAAGCGUGGUGGAGACAAGAACUGAGGUCGACGCCAGUGCCUGGUUCCUAUUCGCACAGAGGCAUGAGUGAGGAGUUGGAGUCUAGAUUAUGCAAUUACUCCUUCCGCUCCUCCGGCAGAUCCAGACCCGCCCAUUCUACCCUCCCGCGCACCGGUUCUGAGCUGAUGCCAGGCCAGUACAACUUCGAGGACUUCUUCCUGACGAUGUUGAAGAAGCCCCAACUGAGCUCAAUGCGUGCCCCUCCCCGUCAAAGUCUAGUGGACGAGACCAACAACAAUGUCAACAUAGCCCCCGGAACUUAUUCGACGGAGACGUACAACACUAUAUCGGCCGAGAAGUUGCCAUCCCACCAUGUCAUGUUCCGAUCGGCUGAGCCGAGAGCGUCUCGUGUAUUUGACCCGAAGAAGGGACCUCCUCCCGGGGGAUACGAACUGCCCAAAUCUCCGCCGAAACAUGUCGUCAAGUCAAGUUUUCUGAGCUCGGUGCCUCGAUUCACCCGACGCACUACACUGACCCCGGGUCCAGGGGCAUACGGCGGGAUGAGUCUCACCCCCUCCUCCAAAGUUCUCAAGAACCAGCUGGGGAAAAACACAGGUCUCUUCUUCACCCCUAGCACUGCCAUGGCUUGAACUGCAGUCCGCAACGACACAGAGCAGAAAAAAAUCAGUUAUGGUUGUUAACGGAUAAGUGCACUGCCAAUGUACUAAGAACAGUUUAACUCCAAUUAAGUUUAUGAAAUAAUUCUAAUUUU